CGAGCAGAACUUACAAAUGAUUGCAUCAUUGAUCGCCUUAUUAUUUCGAUUCUCAUUUUACUAAACUGAAAUUCCAGCGCUGGUGCUAAAUCAAAGUUUAAAAAAAAAAAAAAAAAAAGGCAUCGGGGCAAACAAGCCGCCUGAUCAAGUGUCGCAUCCGUAUGACGUCACACACCUGGAGUUAUCACGGCCCCUCCCCUUUAUCGGAAACAUUUCCCAAACAUCGCCGAACUUUUAUCCGCACGUAUUUUAGUCAUUGAAAAAUGUCUUUUGUUUUCACCCUGGCCGCUCACUUGCUCGGCUUGCUCGUGAUUUUGUUGUUCGUCGCCUUCCUCGGCUACAGCGCGUACCUCAAAUAUGUGCACCUGAAGUACGACCACAUACCUGGACCGCCGAGGGAAAGUUUUUUCUUUGGACAUUCCUUCAUUAUUUGGAGAACGAUGAAAAACGACGACCUGACGCACGACCUGUUUCUGAAAUGGGCCGAGCGAUAUGGAUCUGUGUACAAGAUUAACCUGUUGCAUCACGUCCUUGUCUUCAUUACCUCCCCGGAGAGCGUCAAGGAAAUCCUGAUGUCCACCAAGUACACCAAAGACCUGUUCCUCCACAAGCGCCUCUUCAGCAUGUUUGGUCAAAGGUUCUUGGGCAACGGCCUGGUGACGGCGAGGGAGCACGAUCAGUGGUAUAAACAACGGCGGAUCAUUGACCCCGCCUUUAGCAGCCUGUACCUGAGGACCCUGACGGGAACGUUCAACGAGCAAGCCGAGAAGCUGAUGGCCAAACUGGCGGACGUCGCCGACAGAAAGUCGGAGGCCCGCAUGCUGGAGCUGGUCAACCGGGUCACCCUGGGGGUCAUCAUCAAGGUGGCGUUCGGCAUGGACAUUGAGCUGCUGGAGAACGCGUCGUCGCCGUUCCCCGCCGCCAUCGAGACGUGCCUCAAGGGGAUGGUGCACAACAUACGCAACGCCUUCUUUCAGUACGAUCCCAGGAACCGGGCCUUUGUGGAGGAGGUGCGGGCCGCCUGCAAACUGCUGCGCUCCACCGGCGCCGAGUGGAUCCGCAACAGGAAGUCGGCCCUGCAGGGCGACGGCGGCGACGUGCCCAAAGACAUCCUCACGCAGAUCAUCAAGUCGGCCGGAAAAGAGGAAAGCAUGACCCAGGAAGACGAAGAGUUCAUGCUGGACAAUUUUGUGACCUUCUUCAUCGCCGGACAGGAAACGACGGCGAACCAGCUGGCGUUUUGCAUCCUGGAGCUCGCCAGACAUCCCGACAUACAAAAGAAAGCUCAAAAGGAGGUGGACGACGUCAUCGGGAUGAAACGAGAAAUUAGCUACGAAGACCUCGGGAAACUCGUUUACCUCUCACAGGUCCUCAAAGAAACUUUGAGGGUUUACCCGACGGCCCCGGGGACGUCCCGCGAUCUCGUCGACGACAUCGUCGUGGACGGCGUCCGCGUUCCGGGCGGAGCCAUCAGCAUCUUUAGCUCGUACGUGUCCAGCAAAUUGGAACGCUUCUUCGAGAAUCCGAAGGAAUUUAACCCGGAUCGCUUUCACCCGGAUGCUCCCAAACCUUACUACUGCUACUACCCAUUUUCUCUGGGCCCGCGGGCCUGCGUGGGAAAAAACUUUGCUCAGAUGGAAGCCAAAUUGGUGAUGGCCAAGUUGCUGCAGAGGUUCGACUUGGUGCUGGCGGCGGGCCAGAGCGCCGAAAUCCUCGACUUGGGUACGUUGCGGCCCAAAAGCGGCGUGGUGUGCGCCGUCACGCACAGGAAGCACUGCGGCCCGUGAAGGCGAAGGCGCCGGCGCAAAAAUGGCCGCCGGAGCGGUUUCCUUUCUACCCGGUGACGCCGAAUCGAUCAGUUUCUCACUCUCUUUCAAAUCAUUUGUCGUCCAAUCAAAAGUUCAGAAUGCUAAAAAAAAAAAAAUCACUUUGUAGGCGGACAAAUAUUCUUGAAAAUAAUCACUAAAAUGAUAUUAUUGCACUCUUAACAAAAUAUUCAGAUGAAUACACAUAAUUUAUAGCAUAUGAUCCUUUUUUCUUUUGUAUGUAAUUCAAUCAUUUUCAAUAAAUUCAUUUAAAUGUACUGCAUCUUUUUAUUUGAAUUAUUUAUAUUUAGUUAGGUGCUUGGACUAGUUACACAUUCUCGAAAUUAGUCGCCGUCUAUUCUGAACACGGAUGAAUUGUAUUUAACUCAAAAUUGUCCAAAAUGUCAAAACGUUAAAUAUUGUUUGAUUUCACACACAUUUUUUUUUUAAAUCCAGUAACUGAAUCUUUUCAAUUUGUGCCUUUUCAUUUUGAACGAAAGUCCGGAUUUAGGAGUAAAGGGAUGAACAUUCGUGCAGUACAUUUAUUUGUUUUUGAUCCGCUAAUUUUCAAAAUAUAAUAAUUAAAUAAAUUUUAUAUUAUAUUAAAAUUAUGGAAUUGCUUGACUAAAAGUAAAAACCCUGAUUGCGUAACUUUUGAAGGUUUAUAAAGUACUUUGUGGAUGUACUGCAUGUUGUGUAAUUCUGUAUUUGUGAUAGCAAUGAAGACAAAGAUGGGAACACAUUUUACUCGUUGCAGUUACUGCGAGUGGUCGCUUGAUGUCAGUGUCGUCCCCGUGCCUGAUUUCAAACGAAGUCACCAUCAACCAUCCAUCCAUUUUCUUAGACGCUUAUCCUUACCAGGGUCGCGGGGAGUGCUGGAGCCUAUCCCAGCUGUCAACGGGGAGGAGGCGGGGUACGCCCUGAACUGGUCGCCAGCCAAUCUCAGGGCGCAUAGAGACAGACAGCCAAUCACACCUAGGGGCAAUUUGCAGUGUCCAAUUAAUUUUGUAUGUUUUGGGGAUGUGGGAGGAAACCCAGGCAGGCACGGGGAGAACAAGCAAACUCCACACAGGCGGGGCCGGGAUUUGAACCCGGGACCUCAGAACAGCUAAUCCACCGUGCGCCGUAACCAAUCAAUUGUCACGUUAUCAUUUUGAUCC